AUGGGCGCGGAGUUAAGUCGCCCCACUGGUUCGGACAUUACGAAUCUCAAAGAUGAUGCAGCAGCACACCCUCGACGUGUAGGUAGUAGUAGUACUUUAGAAGCACGUCAUGUCCAUCCAUUCAAUGCCUUUUCAACGUCUUCUAGUACAACAUCAUUGUCAUCAAUGACGACAAAAACGAACGCGAACCUUUCCAAUAGUCGUAGUAGUAGUGCUAAUGCCAAGUCAAAACUACUUGAAAGUGGUCUUUUUUCAAGUAUGCGACGAUCUAGGAAUAACAGUAAGAAUCAUACACCACCAUCAAGCAGUUUGGGCGAUCAAGCAGUGGAAAGUUUAGACCUACCAAUGGUUGAAUGGGAAGGUUACGUGACGAAAAGAGGACACUUGGUACGGAAUUGGAAGAUGCGAUUCUUUACAUUAGAAGGAAAUUUAGUCUCAUAUUAUGAGAAUAAAGUAGAUGCUCGGAAUCGCAAUCAUCUUAAAGGUCGCGUGAAUGUAGCAUCUGUUAAGAUGGACAAGGUCGCUAAAAAUGGGCAUGGGUUUGAUUUUUCCUUUGAAACAACGGAAGGCAAGGUCUUUCACUGUAGUGUACCUACCCAUUUUGAUCAAUUAGCCUGGGUCUACUUUCUUGAAGCUGGAGUGGACACUGUGAGCAUGAGACAAAAUAACAAACCAGUGUACAAUACGUACCGACAUGGAGCACUGCCUGAUAUGCGCACAGACAAGGGCUAUGAAACCUAUCGACGAAUGCUUGGCGGCGAAGCAGCUAUGGUGACGGAAUUGCUGUCUUACUUUAACAAGGAUCUCGUCUUCUCGUCGUCGUAUCCAAAAAGUACACCCUUUAGUGGUGAUUAUUUUGGCCGUGAAGGACUGCUGCACUUUUUUGGAGCGUUUCAAAGUAAUGUGGAUCUAGUGGAGAUUGCAGUGAAGGAGUGUGAACUAAAUGCAAAUGGAAAAAGCUUGACAGUAAAAGGCACGGAGACGCUCAAGAGUAAACACUCUGGGGCCAGUAUUACGCAGUCGUGGUCGCACCGUGUGCGCUUUGGACCAAAUGGACGUAUUUUGCGUUUUCGGGUUGAUGUGGAUUUGAAGGGCGCGACAGGCACGUGGAAGUCGUUUGGGGUCAAGAACCCGUACUCCGAGAUUUCUGAUGCGUCGAUACGAUCGAACAGAUCACUAAAUCUGGAUGUGCAUAACGAAGUUCAUUCACCGACGGAUAAGACUACAGCCAAGGCGAAGGGUUUCUUAUCGCUUGUGUCUAGCCGUGGCAACCGUGAAAAGGCAGCUCCCCCGGUGCAGGAUCCCACGUUUAAGGACUUUACGUAUUUUUGCGAAGACCCAGAUGCUCUUGUGGAAGUCACAAACCUAGUAUCUGAACUGCGGCCUCCACCGCCACCUCCUUGCCCUCAUCCUAACGAAGAGGAUUCAGACGAGUCGGAUCGAUCCGCGGACCAUGAUCAGUCCAUUAUUUCCGAGUGUGGGGGAACGCCGCUAUCAUCUUUUGUUGAGAAUGGACACUUGAACCCGCUGCCCAUGUCACCGAAUCAAUUCCACGAAGGCUUAAAGAAGCUAGAGUCAUCCAUGAGUGAACAAUUUGAGCGCGUUGAGGUAACUAUUUCUCGUGGGCGGCCGCCGGUAAAAAGGUCAAGUGGGAGCUCUACUUCAAGCAGAGAGGAACUGGAGCAUGACCGCAUCCACGUAGAAAAGCUGGUGAUCUCGCACGGACCGUCGACCUCGACGGAUACCGCAGGCAUUGUACCAGCUUACUCAACUCAAUCGAGCCAAUACGCAUACAAUCCAUCUUCUCAAAUCCCCAACACCAACUUUCGAGAUUUUUCUGGAGAAAGUGAUGUUGCUAGCCACGACGCGAACGUCCAGGCUAAUUUGGCAAGCCGGGGUCAACUUGCUGCAAAUUCGACAACUGCUGACACCGGGCUCAUAGUGGAGGCGGAAUUUUAG